AUGGUCCCACUCGCCGGAUCCCACGCCCUCAUCACGGGCGGCAGCCGAGGCAUCGGCCUGGCCAUCGCCCACCGCCUCGCCCGCGAGGGCGCCGCAUGCACCCUCGUCGGCCGGGACGAGCAGAGGCUCCAGGCCGCCCUGGCCGGCGCACCCUCGCCGGCUCACGCCCACUCCUACCUGGUCGGCGAUGUAAGGCAUGCGGACUUUUGGGCGGAAGCCGUAGCACAGCGGCCCAAUAUCUCGAUCCUCGUAAACGCAGCCGGCCUCGCGCAGAACUCUCUUCUCGUGCGGACCAGGGACGAGGACCUGCAGGAGAUACUGGAUGUCAACCUGCGCGGCACCAUCCUCGGGUGCAGGUCCUUCGGCAAGUCCAUGAUGAAGAGAAAGGCUGGUAUGCUACUGCUUGCUGUCCGAGCCCACUCGCGCUCCAUUAUCAACAUCUCCAGUCUCCUGGCUGAGAAGGGGGGCCAGGGCGCGACGGUCUACGCAGCAUCAAAGGCCGGCAUCAUAGGCCUCACUCGUGCCUUGGCUACCGAGAUGGGCCCCUUUGGCGUCCGCGUCAACACCAUUCUUCCCGGAUACAUCAAGACGGACAUGACAGAAAAUCUAAAGCAGUCGCUUCUGCAAGAAAAGAUUCCUCUGGGCCGUCUGGGAGAGCCCGAAGAAGUCGCAGAUGCAGCUGCCUUCCUCGCCAAGAACAGCUAUGCAAGCAACUGCAUCUUGAAUCUAGAUGGCGGUCUAAGUGCGACUUGA